AUGGCGCGGAUCGAUGUCAUUCAACGAGGGGAAAACAAAGUCGGGGUCGCUCCGAUAUCGUCGGCCUUCACAUCUGGGGUCCGGGGACCCUGGGGUUUCUCAGUGAUAUCAGUGAAUUCAGUGGGCCCCGCAAUGUUAUCCUUGAUUGAUGGGCCCAACCUCGUCCAGGAUGCUGGUCAACGACACAGAUGGGGAGCUCCGGCUUGA